AUGGAAAGUUCCAACAUCCAAGGAUACGAGGUAAAACUCACUUUUUCGUGGUCUUCGUCAAUGGUUGAGAACGAGAUUGACAACAACUGUUUAACCGGCAGCAUUUGGAAACCAUGGGAACUUAGCAAUGAACGAUUCACGGGGAUCCUACCUCAUGCAUUUGGAAAUCUUACCAAGCUUUAAGUGAUAUAACUACAUCAAAAGCUUACAAGAGCAAUCCCAGAUAAGAUGAGAUUGUUAAGGAACCUCUUGAUUCUUAGGAUCCGAAUGGCAACAUGGAACUCUCUGAGUGGAUCGACACAUUCAUUUUUGCAGCUAGAGCAACUUUUCACCUUGAACUUGCAAGGAAAUAAUCUAAGUGGUACUAUACCUGAUAACGUUGGAAAUCUCGGGCAGAACUGGCUAAGAGGGGGAAAUCCAGUAAUGCCAUGAAAGUUGCAGAUAUCUUUGAAUCUCACCGACAAUAUCUUUGAAGGAUCAUUCCCAACUUCAUCGUCAUUGUCUCAACUUGACCAUUUGGAAGUUUUUCAUCUGUCAAAUCACAGAUUUUCAGGAGAAAUCCCUGAUUUUCUGAUCAGCUUAAUAUUUUUACAGCUCAUACUUUCCAACAGCCAGCUGACUGGAAAUAUUCCAAAGUUCACCAAGAAUAUUAUAAUCAAUGUCAGUGGAAACCUCGGGUUCAAGUUGAUAAAAGAGGAUGGAGUCCUAUCCAGAAAAUGCCAUCAGAGGAGCAAACUAGCUUUGGUUGUAACGUUUGUAGCCGUUGGAUUUAUUUCCCUUGUGGCAGUGAUUAUAAUUGUCAUCAUGUCAAAACCUUUUAGGUGCUUCAAGGAAGUAAACAGCAUGCAAGUCGACCAUGAUGAAAGAUCAACUGAACUUCCCGAGGUCAUUCGUGGAACCCUUACGUCAAACUCUCUACACAUAGUUGUUCCUCAUCUAGAGAAUGCUUUGUUCCAGACAAUGUUAUGAAGUUACUACAGAUCAGUCAUGUCUUCCGGUUCGAGUGAUUUCAUCAAAAAACUUAACGCAAGAGACAUACUUUUCUAGCAAGCCAGCAGUGAGCCACUAGAUCUAGACCUAACGAGGUUGAGCAAGCUGCAUCACUCAAAUGUAAUGGUUCCACUAACUUAAGUACUAUAGUGAGAAUGAUUCUUGCUCUUCCAUUAAUUUGCUCACACUCGUACCCUUUACGAUGUUCUACACAACCAUUCCAACGAUGUGAUUGACUGGACUAGCAAGUACAAUAUAGCAUUGGUAGUUCAGGGAAUCAAAUUUUUGUGCCAAAACCGCAAAAUUAAUCUGGCUCAACCCAUCUGUAUAUAAAUUAUGCUCAACUCGCUCACUGAUCCACUGGUAUGGGACUUUGAACUGUUCAAAGUAAUCGAUCCUUCCAGAAGCAAUGGCAGCCUCUCGUCAGUUUCAGGCACCAUCGGCUACAUUCCACCAGAGUAAGCUUACACAAUGAGGGUGACAAUGGCUGGUAACGUCUACAGCUUUGGGGUGAUUCUUUUGGAGUUGUUAAUCGGAAGGCCAGCCGUCAACGAAGGAAGAGAGUUGGCCAAGUGGGUGCAGAGCCAUUCGAGCCAACAAGAGCAGCCCAACAACAUUCUUGACCUCAGAGUGAGCAAAACAUCAACUGUAGCAACAAAGCAGAUGUUAAGUGCCCUCAGUAUUGCACAUGCCUGUAUAAACAUAUCUCCUGGGGAAAGGCCAAAGAUGAAUACUGUCCUACGGACGCUCACAAGAAUCUAA